AUGUCCCAGCCCGGCCCCGAAGCAUCGGCCGAAGAGCGCCGGCAGGCCCGGAAGCCCAUCCCCAAGCCCGUCCCGGCCUACCUGCCCACGGCCGGAUCGCCGCUGACCGUGGACAAGACCACCUACGAGACCAUCCAAGCCGCGGACCGGGAGCUCCUCGAAGAGUUUACCAUUCCCAUUCGUUCCGGCAAAGCCUGGGAGGUGCCUCGAGGGUGCGUCGUGCGCAUCACCACUCCCGAAGGGCCUCAAGUCGGCGACCUCAACAUCUGGAACCGGCACAACCCGCGGGAGCGCUUCUGGGCCUCGCGCACGCGGCAGCUGCACGCGUCGCACGUCUCGACGCACGAUCGUCUGUGGUCGUGUCUGCCGUACAUGCGGCCGCUCGCCACCAUUGUCCACGACAGCCUGGCGUGGUACGGCGAGGACGAGCAUGGCGGGCGCGCGCACGACCUGCUGGGCACGCGCUGCGACCCCUACGUCAACGCCGUGCUGGCCGGCACGCGGUACGACUUUCACUGCCACUCCAACCUCGUGCGUGCCGUCGCGCCCUGGGGCCUCGUCGAGAGCGACGUGCACGACGUCCUCAACAUUUUUCAGGUCACGGGGCUGGACGCCCAAGGCCGGUAUUUCAUGAACCCGUCGCCGGCGCAAAAGGGCGACGCGCUCGAGUUUCUGGCCGAGCAGGAUCUCCUCAUGGCGUUGAGUAUGUCGCAUUUUUCCCCCUCUCACCCUUCUUCGCUGCUUGCAACCGUUGGCUUCUAG